UUCUAUUAAUCGAGGCCGGUGGUCAGCUGGAAGUCUUUUGUUAUCCCGCUCAUCACGGCCAGCCGACAGCAGUAACAACGCCGAACAUGAAGUCCGUCACUUAACAGCGAGCUUUCUGCGGGUUUUCAAGUGAGCGCAGCUGGAGAGAAGCUCCACCGGCCAGCUAAACAUGGAAACCACUGCCGUCGGCAUUUUUGGCAUCUUGUAGAGCUGAAGGAAAGUGGCCGGAAAGUGACUCAGCACAGUGUCAAAAGACCUCUCUACCCACAAUUCUUCUUCGGUGCACCCUGGCAGGCUCAGCGGGGAGGCGCUGCCCUCAUUACCUGGACCACAGAAGAGGGGCGGACAGCCGGCUUCAGGAUGACCGUGGGUCCGAGGAAGCGGAGCAGCAGCAGCGGUAGCGGCGGCGGCGGCGGGGGCGGUCAGGGUGAGCCGCCGGACUCAGAGAAACCCGCCGGAGGAGACUCCGGGGUGGCUCUGAAGAAACAGAUCGGCCUUGUCAGCGCCUGUGGCAUUAUAAUAGGCAACAUCAUUGGAUCUGGGAUUUUUGUGAGUCCUAAGGGAGUCCUGGAGAACGCGAGCUCAGUGGGUGUGGCCAUCAUUGUGUGGGUCAGCACUGGAGUUAUCACAGCCAUCGGGGCCCUCUGCUAUGCAGAGUUGGGUGUGACCAUCCCCAAAUCCGGGGGGGACUACUCGUAUGUAAAGGACAUCUUUGGAGGACUGGCUGGCUUUUUGCGUCUGUGGAUUGCCGUGCUGGUCAUCUACCCCACGAACCAGGCUGUGAUCGCCCUCACCUUCGCAAACUACGUGCUGCAGCCCCUCUUCCCAUCCUGCCUCCCCCCAGAGAACGGCCUACGCCUGCUGGCUGCUGUCUGCCUGUUGUUUUUGACGUGGGUGAACUGCCACAGUGUGCGCUGGGCCACGUGUGUCCAGGAUGUCUUCACUGCUGGCAAGCUUUUGGCCUUGGGCCUCAUCAUAAUCAUGGGUGUUGUCCAAAUAUGCAAAGGUCACUAUUACUGGUUGGAGCCGGUGCACAGCUUUGAGACUUUCCGAGACUAUGAUGUUGGUCUGAUAGCUCUGUCCUUCCUACAAGGCUCCUUUGCUUAUGGAGGCUGGAACUUCCUCAACUAUGUCACAGAGGAGCUAGUUGACCCAUACAGGAAUCUCCCACGUGCGAUCUUCAUCUCCAUCCCUGUGGUCACAUUUGUUUACGUGUUUGCCAACGUGGCCUACGUCACAGCCAUGAGCCCACAGGAGCUGCUGGCCUCCAAUGCUGUGGCAGUGACAUUUGGAGAGAAAUUGCUAGGAGUAAUGUCAUGGAUCAUGCCCAUCUCUGUGGCGCUCUCCACCUUCGGGGGGGUCAAUGGCUCCCUCUUCACGUCGUCGCGGCUGUUUUUCGCCGGAGCGAGGGAAGGACAUCUCCCACGUCUGCUGGCCAUGAUCCACGUCAAACGCUGCACUCCAAUCCCAGCCUUACUCUUCACUUUGAUCUCCACUCUGCUGAUGUUGUGCACCAGUGACAUUUACACCCUCAUAAACUACGUGGGUUUCAUCAACUACCUCUUCUAUGGUGUCACUGUCGCCGGGCAGAUUGUGCUGCGCAUCAAAGAGCCCGACAUGUAUCGACCCAUCAAGGUGAGCCUGGUGUGGCCUGUGAUCUACCUGCUGUUCUGGGCCUUCCUGCUGGCGUUUUCCCUCUACUCUGAGCCAGUGGUGUGCGGUAUCGGGCUGGCCAUCAUGAUGACUGGUGUCCCUGUAUAUUUCCUGGGAGUCUACUGGGAAAACAAGCCACAGUGUUGUGAUGUAGCUAUGGGUAAAGUGACUCAUGUGUUCCAAAAGUUCUGUUUAGUGGUCUACCCAGUCAUGGAGGAGAACCCUGAGCCUGUUGGACCUCAACAAAAUGAUGAUGAAGACUGAAAAAAGCUCCUCAAACAGCUGAUGGACCAUGUUCAGAAACAAACAGACAUUACCUUACAUUCUUUUGUUUGUUUUGUUUUUUUGGGGGGGGCGGUUGGAGACUUUUGGGGAGCUUAGCGUUCACAUGCACUUGUUGUUCUACAGCACUGGACUGUCCUCUGUUUUUGACUGGCCCUCAUCCUGACCAAUAUUGUUUCAGUGGGUGAUCUGGGAACAGGUGUAUUUUAGAUGAAGUACCACUGACUUUGAACUUAUGGAACACUUUUUUUCACCUUUAGGAUUGAAAAUCUCAUCCUGUUGUUUCUGAGAUGGGGAGGCAGUUUUUUUUUUAUAUGCAAUUUGUAUGUAUUCAGGUUAUGUGUUGUUUAUUUAUCGCAUCACUAUACUAGCACUAAAAUGAUUUUUUCCAGAUGGUU